AAUUAGCUGCGCCUCCUCAAGGCUAAUACUCGGAGCCGUUGCUACGGCCGUUUUUUUUCAAACAAGGCAAAAAGUCAACAAAAACCUCCAGUUCUAAGUUUUACCAAAGUCUUACACGACACCUUUACGAUCCGGUCUGACGCUGUGUUUGGAAUGUGUCAAGCUGACCGCAGAGAACGGAGCUUUCCGUGUCUACAAAGCGCUGGGAAAGCAGAUGCAGAUACCGCACGACUUCUUCUGGCUGUUCUGUACACUUUUCGGAGGAGGCUGUGAUUCCCUGACAUCACAGUGCUGAUGGUGUGCACUUGUGCGCUGCGCCCCGCCUGCCCGUCGGAGCGCAGGAGCGCUGCCUGGACCCAACACACGCACCACAGGAUGGGAGAGUAGACUGAUGUUAGCGGCGGUGGAGAGACUCGAUCUGCCCCUCAAAACUAGAGAAAACAGUUAAGAGCAGAACUAAACGGAGCAAAUCAGGACUUGGCUUAGAUCCGCCUACUUCAUGGUCUUGUUUAGUGACUAGUAGGCGCGUGUUUAAAGUAUCGCAGUAGAAUGUUUACUUGAUUGACGCUGCUCCGCGCUGUCAUCACACUGAUGGCAGGUUCUUAGCCGCUCGUGUUAAUGUUUCUCCUGGAGUUGUGUAAUUACUUCAGCCCGUUCAUUUACUGCUCUUAUCUGAUUCCUAACAAUGAUCGCUGAAGGUCAUGUUUCUGCGCGCCUCACUUCUUCAACUAUUGUGCAUCUUCUCUUCUGCAGCUGCGAUUUGAUUCACAGAUAACUCUGAUUUUGUUCCCGGAACCACACAGAGAUGAUACUCAGGCGUGGGUUCUGAAGCCGAAGGAGGUACUUUUAAAAUUCUCUUUAAGCCAGGGCACUUCGGACUAUGACUUGGCCUAAACUUUGCUCUGCGCCGCUGCUGAAGGUCCAUUACACAGUGUCAGGUCUUAUGUAGUUUUUAAAACGUGUCCGAUCGGAGAUGUUAGGAAGUCCGUCCAAUAACGGCGGCAUUAGAAUGCUGACGCCCACGGCUCCAAACGACGACCGGGGGGUCGAGUUCGUGGCUCUCACUGCUGUCCACACGGAGAGGAGCGAGCCGUCCACCCCAGAGCGCGGACACCCGUCCAACCGCACCGGGCUGCUGGGCAACCCGCUCCCGGGGCCCCCGGGACCCCGGGGCAGCACCUCCGUGUCCAACAAACGCUACAGAAGGUUGCAAAACUCCAUGUACAACGUGCUGGAGAGACCAAGAGGAUGUGCGUUCAUCUACCAUGCCUUCAUUUUUCUGCUGGUGUUCAGCUGCUUGGUGUUGUCUGUGUUCUCCACCAUCCCUGAGCAUCAAAAGAUGGCCAACCAAGGCCUCUUCAUCCUGGAGUUUGUCAUGAUUAUUGUUUUUGGUUUCGAGUACUUCAUCAGGAUCUGGGCAGCGGGCUGCUGCUGUCGAUAUCGUGGAUGGCAGGGACGGCUGAGAUUUGCCAGAAAACCGUUCUGUGUCAUAGACUUCAUUGUGUUUAUUGCGUCUUUGGCAGUCAUGGCUGCAGGCACACAGGGCAACAUCUUCGCCACCUCCGCCCUGCGGAGCAUGCGCUUCCUGCAGAUCUUACGUAUGGUUCGCAUGGACCGGCGAGGAGGCACCUGGAAACUACUGGGCUCCGUGGUUUAUGCUCACAGCAAGGAGUUGAUUACUGCCUGGUACAUCGGUUUCCUGGUCCUGAUCUUUGCCUCCUUCCUGGUCUACCUGGCAGAGAAAGACAGCAACUCAGAUUUCAACACCUAUGCAGACUCCCUCUGGUGGGGGACUAUUACUCUCACUACUAUUGGCUAUGGUGACAAGACUCCUCGUACGUGGCAGGGACGUCUCCUGGCUGCAACCUUUGCUCUUCUGGGAGUCUCAUUUUUUGCUCUACCUGCUGGAAUCCUAGGCUCAGGUUUUGCUUUGAAAGUUCAGGAGCAACACCGACAGAAGCACUUUGAGAAAAGGAGGAUGCCUGCUGCCAACCUCAUCCAGGCAGCGUGGCGUCUCUACUCCACAGACGCCAAACACUCCUAUCUUACAGCCACGUGGUACUUCUACGACAGCAUGCUGCCUUCCUUCAGAGAACUGACUCUGCUGUUCAGUCACCUCCAGCGACAGCGUAACCACAAGAAGGUUCUCCAAAACUCCCACCACACGCUGCUGUCUGGGCUGCGGCCCUACAGCUCCCCCUACCUGUCAGGGGACAGUGGUAAAAUGGGCUUCCGGGAUCGAAUCAGGAUGAACAAUUCCAGAUCUUCCCAAAUCAGUCGGAACAAGGCUUCACCACUGCCGCACGGUUCUGGAGUACGACUUUCUCCCAGCUCAGAUAAUGUCCCAGAAGCCACUAGUCCAGGGAAGGUCCAGAAGAGCUGGAGCUUCAAUGAUCGUACACGCUUUCGAACCUCACUUCGCCUCAAACCUCGGCCUCCUGCUGAUGAGGGGCUCGGUGAGGACUGCAUGGAAGACAAACCAUAUUGUGACGUGGCCAUGGAUGAGGUCAUACCAGCUGUGAAGACACUUAUACGAGCUGUCAGGAUCUUAAAGUUUCUCGUGGCGAAGAGGAAGUUUAAGGAGACGCUGCGUCCAUACGAUGUGAAGGACGUCAUAGAACAGUACUCAGCAGGACACCUGGACAUGCUGGGCCGGAUCAAGAGUCUACAGUCGCGGGUGGAUCAGAUAAUUGGACGAGGAGCUGUUCAGCCAGAUAAGAAGACCCGUUCAGAAAAAGGAGAGAAGACGCCGCCGGAACUGGAUCCACUGGAUGAGCUGAGCAUGAUGGGACGUGUAGUGAAGGUAGAGAAACAGGUACAGUCAAUAGAAAACAAGCUGGAUGUUCUGCUUAACUUCUACUCCCAGUGCCUCAAGAAAGGCUCGUCCCACUUCACCCUCUCCUCCCUCCUGGAACCUGACCUCACAUCUGACUACCACAGCCCCACGGACCAAAGAGACCUGUUCCCCUCAGCAACCACACUCAACAUCUCCAACUCUAGCACUGGCAACUUGGACUGCCAGUGAGUCCUCAAAUGUGGGGCCUCCCUUCACAAAAUCCCUUUACAGUAAAACGUCAUUUCUUCAUCCUGAGCAGCCGACCUCGCUGCCCCCCUCCUCCUCCUGCCUCACCCCUCUCCCACCAUAUUUCUUAUCUCCACCCUCUACCAUUUCCUUAAUGUUUCCACAGCUGAUACAGACUGAAGCCGACGGAGCCUCGGCCUGAGCUGCUCAUCGGACUCCCGUGUCAAACCACUACAUGAGGAUGGAGAUGCAAAGAGACAUGGACAAUGAUUACUUGACUACUGAACCACUUUCAUCCUCAUGCUUUUUGUCUUUACCUACGUUGAAGCUUUUUGGAAUGUAGAUAAUUUGACUUUUGAGAUUUUGAUUUUUGAAGUCUUUGGGAAAAUCUUGACUCUUUUCCCACAACUUUAAGUCUUUUCUUUUUCUUGUGCCUGUUUGAACCAUCUGACAGUGGACAGGACCUGGCCAGCCCAUGGUGCAGUGCAGAUGUCGUUACAUCAAUUCUUGAAGUUAUGGAGAAUGUAAGAAGAAAAACAUUAUUUUAUGCCAGCCCUGAGAUAAAAGACGGAUGGUUUAAAUUUUUUUAUUUAGCCACUUUGCCAGAGCAACAAACCUCCAUCACUCCUUCCUACCCAAACAACAGAGAUUUGAAUGUGCAAAUCCUGGAAGAAUGUAUUGGACUAACUAAGUGUACUGUAUAUUGUUUCUUUUUUUUAACCUCCAUUCCUUCUCUAAGAAGCUCUGACCUCCAGCAAGCUCACUUGCAAAAAAAUAUCACAUUUGGCUACAUUUGGUUCUUUGGAGGAUUUAUUAGAACCAAAAUGUCCUUUCACUGACUGAAAAUCCUCAGGUUGCACCGCCUGAAAGGCUGUUGUGGCUCUUUGAAUCCUCCAGCGAGGUGACUCUGUCUUUUAAAGCAUGCAUGCAAUAAGUCCUGUAGAUAAAACCUUACCAUCGAUGCCACACUUUCUCCACAUCCUUCCUCAGAUCAGGGUUUUUACUGAAGCACGCAAUUUUACUCCAAAACUUUUCUAAUAGUACGAUACUUUUCAGGUAAUUCAAGGACACAUUGUGGACAUUUUGAGCGGUCAAACACAUUGGAAAUCUAGAUUCUAUCCUUAAUGGAUUCAUACGAAGCAGUCACAGAGAAGACGUGAGCUGCUAGCAUCCUGGACGUUACUGUCGAUGCCAAUCUGCUGAAACUUCAGCUUUUUUGUAUUAUGCACAAUCAGUGCUCAUGGGUGUAACUGGAGAUCACAGACACAGAUGGCAGACCACGCCCCCUUUAGGGCAGUCAGGUAGUGUGGCUGUGGGACAUCAAUUUGCAAAACACAUUCACAUGUACUGUAUGUACACACACCAUGGCGAAUACAGUGAUCACAAUAUGAUUAGAACAUUUCUAUGUAGUAACACCUUUUUUUCCUCGUAGAAUUUGCGUCAUCACAGGAGUCGUCAUCAUGUCCAUGCACUCUAUUUUUCUAGUAACUGAAAUAAUCCAAAUUUCUUCUUUGUUUUCAAGUGUUAUGAUAUUUUUGGGGAGAUUUGGGGAGUUUCUUGAAGUAAUAGUUAAAUUCUAGAUAAAAAACUUGACCCUGUACACAGUAGAUCAGGUACUGAUGCACAAAUGCUUGCACGCACAAACACAGAAAGACAGGACAGACAGAUGGACAAUGAAAGACAUACGUGAUGGACAGAGAGAUGGCUAGACAGAGAGGGAGGCAAAGGCAUGAUUUUGUAUAUGUAUGUAUAUACAUACAUAUAUAUAUAUAUAUACAUACGUGCAUAGACAUAUACACAUAUGUAUGUGUAUUCGUACACUGCAUUGACUUCCAUUCAUUUAGGCAGCCUAACUAACAGUCUAACACCCAAACUAACUAACCUUUAGCCGUAGUUAGCUGACGCCUACAUCUUUACUCCAUGUUUCACUUUAGCCUCAGAAAGAAGGUUCUACCUCUGGAGAGCCAGGUACUGGUCCUCACAUGUACCACUGUUCACCUAAAGAACAGCGAUUACACAAAAAGGCCCUUAGAAUAUAAGUACACACACAUACAGUUAAGAUGUGGUCAGGGUAACUGCUGCCAGCCUUUAUCUAAGGAAACGAUGCUGUUCCAUUCGCUCUGUUCCUGGGAGUGUGUUAUCAUUUUUGUGGUUCAGAUUAGCCAUUUGACUCAGGUGCUCUAUUUCUCCACUCCGUCUGGUCCUUAACUCCAUUCAGUCAUUGUGCGUCAUUGCUCGUUCUAGUAAGGCCAAUUUAAAAUGGCUUCACACAGUGCUUGCCGUAAGCAUCAUAAAAUAUUUGCAUCCAUUUCAGAACUAAACGCUAGGUACGUAAUUUUAUUCUUGGCCUAAACUAUAAGAGAUGUCUCAUUCAGGCGGGGAGGAUUGUUACAGUAAAUCGUGCUCUGGAAUGUUGAGCUUUAUGAAAAUGUAUGUGAGACCACUGUAUUGCAUGUUGUAGUUAGAGGUGGCCCCCAUUGUUAGA